AGUAAACAAUAGUACAUUUCGCUCAUCUCAAACCACUUGACACCACGUAGUAGUUUUGUUUUGUUUGGAUUUUGAUCUAAAUUGAGAAUAUAUAAAGAACUAAGAGCAUCCUGCGUGAUAGCAGGGCAGCAACAUGGUCUACAUCGAUCGCAAUGGUCGCGUCUGGGAGAAGCGUCCUUGGGACUGGCAGCGAAUAGUAGAAAUAUUUUUUAGAAUGUGGUUCAUCAUCAAGCAAUUAUUUCAGACGUUCCUCGGCCCCUUCAGCGGCAGCACAAACAAUGAUAACCGACGUAAUGGUGGCAGCAACGGCUGGGGAGGUGGUGGUGGUGGAGGAGGUGGCGGCGGUGGUGGCGGCGGAGGCGGAGGAGGUGGUGGCAGCGGAGGAGGAUUAAGGCCGAACCGACGAAUUGGCCGCAUUCAGAGUUCCAUGUCCUGUGAUACUCCUGCUGGUUGUUCCUCCUGUGGUUAAAUCAUAUUUAAAUAUGGCCAGAAUCAUUAGAAAUCAAUUAAAAUAGUUUUAAUAAUUUCUUGCUCGAACAUUAACUAAUAUUUUCUCAGUUUAGUUUAAAAAUGUUCAUAAGCGAAACCAGUUUUUACCACACAAAGACUAAAUUUUUUAAGCUUUUACAUAUGAAAUAUGCUUUAGAUCGUGUGAAGGAGAAAUUUAUGCUCCCUUAAAUUUCGGAGUUUAUAUUUUCUUUUAUUCAUUAUAACUCCUUAAGGAAAUAAAAAAGUAAAUAAUAUAUU